AUGGCAAGAACAGCAUCCAUCAUCUCGAGGGAUGACCCAUAUCUCUACGUCCGCGUCCUUCUCGUGAGCUGGGAGGGUGCGGAUAGGCGCCUCGACGAUGAGCUCCAAGGACUUGAACAAACAUUCAAAGAUGUCUACGAGUUCACCACGGCCCGGUACAAAAUUCAAAGCAACAACCCUUUCGGCAGCCUCACAACAGCGCUUUUAGAGUUUCUCGAACACGACGACCCCGAUACCUUGCUUAUACUAUACUACGGCGGCCAUGGUUACUCAAACUCCGAUAACCAGCUCAUCUGGAGCUUGUACAGUGGAGCACGUCUUCGACAAAAGUCCGAUUUCCUCAUUCUCCUCGACUGUUGCACGGCGGCCAGCGCUGUCGGAGAGCGCCAGAGAGGAAAUGUCGAGGCUCUUUUCAGUUGCGGCAUUCAAGACAAAACCCCCAUCAGCGGCGACUACUGCUUUACCCGGAGGCUAUCUAAUAUGAUGAGGCAGCAUCCUGAUGGGAUUGAAGUGUACGAGCUCUUCCACCGUCUAACUCAAGAGUACAACAAGGCCGGGCCCGAUCGCCGAGACAAGGGCAAGGAGCCGGCAUACUUGAAGCCGGGAAAGGACCUGCGAAGGAGUAUACAACUCCGGCGAAUGAAUUCAUUUUACAGCGCCAAGAGCGUAAUCGCACUUGGUCGGCGUUCCUUGCGUUCCUUGCGCAGCACGCGACCCGCCCAAGCGAUGCGCGCGCUCGAGACUGUCCUGGUAGUGCAGACAUCCACGGGUAAUCGAGGGGACGACUCCUCCGUUGCGACUAGGAGCACCAUGUAUUACUCGAUCGCGAAUGGAGAUGAGGCAGCGGGUCCAGAGGGUUCAGAGGUUAUGGAAGAAGAGUCUACACAAUUUAGUGAACUCCUUUCCGCGCUGGCAGACGAAAACCGGCGCGUUCUCAAUGCAGCGAUGGACAGAAUCGAAACGAAUCAAGAUGUUGGAGACGCAUCGAUGGGGGAUCCAGAGAGCCCUUCCUUUUCGCCGUUUGAUGGGAUGAUUAGAAUUAAUAGGCUCACGAACGAAAUACGGUUUCUUCAAAAAGCUAUGGCGAACGGUCCAGUCUCUACCUGGUUUACAAUCUCGCCCAUCUCUGACGCCAACAUCUUGGAAUGGCAGGCGACGCUGCGGGGUCCCGACGGAACACCGUACGAGCGCGGGCUGUUCCACGUUGUUGACACAUCUGCCGUGGAGGCGACGGAUCUCGCAGUAGAACCCAGGAGAAGAGACGAAAUGGAACAGUCUGACGGAGAAGCUCCUCAGAAUCUUUCGCAUAAUCAAAAUACCAUUUCACUGCAGGGACCAGAGGAUGCCACGUCUCAGUCACCGCUAGCAAAAGAUUUCGGAGAAGUGGGAAUCCGAGCAUUUAUGCCACCCCCAAAUAAGAAAAGAGAGGAGCGCAAUGAUAUCGAUACGUAUAGCGCUGCAUUUGGACUGGAAGGACUUGUCGUGGGUCUAUACGUGAUUCUAAACGAACCAAAUCUCACCGAUGCCCUUGAGCCAGAGAUUGCGCGGCAGAUGAUUGAGGAUCCAGCAGGGUAUGAACGCACCGCGAGGGAGUGGACAAAGUUGUACGCAACGGGUGCUGUGUAG